AUGAAGUCGGUCCUGCUGAGCCUCGUCCUGGCACUGCUCUGGGUGUCCUCGGCCCAGGCCGAGGUCCUGGUACAGCCUAACUUUGAUGCCAAAAAGUUCUCAGGCCUCUGGUACGUGGUCUCCAUGGUGUCCGACUGCAAGGUCUUCCAGGAGAAGAGAGACCAUCUGUUGAUGUUCACCAGUACGGUCCAGGCCACCACAGAGGGCGACCUCAGCGUCCACUUGGAGUUCCCACAGGCGGAUGGCUGUAACCAGGUGGAUGCCCAGUACCUGAAGGUGGGCUCGGAGGGGCACUUCAGAGUCCCAGGCCGGACUCAGGAUGCGAGCCCCCAGGCCGUGAGGGCCUUCCAGGACUUCUACCCGACUGUGGGGCUCCCUGACGACAUGGUGGUCAUGCUGCCCAAAUCAGACGCGUGCUCCUCCGAGGGCAAGGAGGCACCCUGA